AUGGAACCAGACAGGUCAAAGGAGAUUCUCAGUAACUUAUUGGCUAAAUAAAUCGAUAUGAAUGAGCAACUAUAAAAUGAAAAUGAUGAAUUAAAUACUAAUUUGAAGCGAUUGCUAAAUCUCUUAAAUUAAAAAGAUAGUCAAUUAGAAUAAAUCAAGGACAGAAUUGUUCAAGUCGAUUAAUCAGAGAAUUCAUAUUAAACUACAAUCUCUCAUCAAACACAACAAAUAAAAUAAAUGCAAUCUGAAAAUUAAGACUUACAAGUUCAAAUCCAAUAGCAAUCAGAAAUUAGAUCAAAGAUGGAAUAAGAAUUGACUAAAAUUAUUGAGUCUUUUGAGAGGAUGUAAAAAAUUAACCAGCAAUAAUAAGAAGAAAUCAAUUUGUUAUAAGAAAGAAAUCAACAACUAGAAGAAACCUAAAUUACAAAUUAAAUGUAAAUUGAACAAAGCUAAAAGCAAAUUAAACUGCUAGUGAGCUCUAAUGAAGAUUAUGAAUAGUAAACAGAUAUACUUUUGAAACAAACCAAUGAACUCAAAUAAAUAUAAAUCAAAUUGCUUUACAACUUAGAUGCAAUCUAAAAAGAAAAGGAUGAAAUGACAAAUCAAUUUGAUGAAAAAUUAGUUCAAUUCAAGUCUUGUUUUCAAAGUUCUGCUGAAAACACCAAAGAUUUAACAAAUUAAGUAAAUGAUUUGAAUAAUCAAAUCCAAAUCCUUUAAAAAUAAAACUAAUAAUUAAUUGAAUAAAUGGAUAAUUAUUAGACUCUCUCUAUGAAAUUAGAAUCAGAAAGAGAUAAAUAUUAUAAAGACCUAGAAAUUACUAUUGAAAAUAAUACAAGAUUAUAAAAUAGCAAUUCAAGUCUAGAACAUCAAUUAAGGUAGCUAUCAUAAGAUCAAGAAACAUCUAUUAAAAAAAUGAAGUAUAUGAUUGAAUAAAUUGAUCAACUGGAAUUAGCUAAUGACAGCUAAUUGAAAUAAAAUAAUGAACUUAAGUAGUAAAUCAAAAAACUACAAUUUCAAUAAGAUUAAGUUCUUAAAGAAAAGGAAGUCAUUUAUGAACAAUUUGAAUAAAUCUAGAAGAAUGCUCAAUAUGAUCAUGAAGGACACAGAGAAAAAUAUAUAAAAUUGGAUAGAUCUUAUAAAGAAUUGCAUUCUUAAUAUGAUGAAUUAGUAAAUAAAUAUAAAAUUUAAAAUUAAAGUUUUGAAGAAUAAUAACAUCAAAUUCAAUUGAAUAUCAAGGAAAUCAAUGAACUUAAACAUAAUUUAAGGAUAAUUCAAGAAUCUGAGAGAAAAUAUUCUUAUAAUGCAGAAGUAUUGAGUAAGGAGAAGUUUAUGAUUACUUAAAAAUUGGAGGAAUCCUUCUAAAUAAUCAAGGAUUUAAGAGAUUAAUGUUAAAUUCUUACUGAAAAACUAUAGAAAACUGAAAUGUUUAAUAAACAAUUGCUCUUGGAAAAUGAACAACAAUAAAAACAAAUAAAAGCACAAGAAAGCAAAAUUGAGGAACAUGAAGUUCAUAUAGAACUACUAUUGGUUUAAAUAAAUCACAAAUAAUCCUAAUAAGCAGAAAUGGAUAGGCAGUAAGCAUUGAAACAAUCAACCACAAAGAAAAGUUAAUCAGUCAACAAGGAAAACAAUAGUGAAUUAAUGAGAUUAAAGAAAUAAAAUACAGAAUUAACAAAAGAGGCCAUUUCACUAAAUGAAUAGAUCUUGGAACUUAAAAAUGUCAUAAAUAAAUUGAAUGAUCAAUUGGCAUAAUAAAGUAAAGUCAAAGUAGGUUUAGAAUCAAGAAUUUAAAGUUUAAUUAAAGUGGUCGAAGAAUUUUAAUAAAAAUAAAUCUAGAAGUAACAGGAUAGUUUGACAAAGGAACAAUUUCAAAAUUAAAUGGAGCAAAUCAAAAAGAACUUUUAUAUUUAGAUUUAAUAAUUAACAAGAGAGAAUGAAGAACUCAAAAAAUUGUUAUAAACUCAAGCAAAUCAGACAUUUAAUUCUACUGAGGAAGUGUCUUCGCUGCAAGAUACGGUGGCAGAUUUGAAUAGAGAGAAAGUGAAUUUAAUCAGAGAGUUGAAUUAAGAACAUGAAGCAAAAGUGAAAUCUGAAGCUGAAAGAGAUAAAAUGAAAUAAUAAAUUGAAUAAUAUCAACUUGAAAUUGAAAAUUGUCAAAAUCAAUUAGAUCUCUAUGUUAAAGUAUUAAAACAAAUGGAUGAAAAACUAAAACAGUAAUGA